AUGGCUGAUCCAAAACCAUUACCAUUCAUAUAUCAAUUUAUAUCCGGUGCUGUUGCCGGGGUAUCAGAGAUCCUUGUCAUGUACCCUCUUGAUGUUGUUAAAACAAGACAACAGUUGGACUCAACAAAUGCCACAAAAGGUACUUUAAAUUGUAUUAGAACUAUUAUUAAAGAUGAAGGGUUUUCAAGAUUAUAUAAAGGUAUUAGUGCUCCAAUUUUAAUGGAAGCUCCAAAAAGAGCUACCAAAUUUGCUGCAAAUGAUGAAUGGGGGAAAAUUUAUAGAUCAUUUUUUGGUGUUUCAACAAUGAAUCAACCAUUAGCAGUUUUAACUGGUGCUACAGCUGGUGCAACAGAAAGUUUUGUCGUUGUUCCUUUUGAGUUAGUUAAAAUUAGAUUACAAGAUAAAACUACUAAAUUUAAUGGUAUGGGAGAAGUUGUCAAAGAUAUAGUUCAAAGAAAUGGUGUUUUAGGUUUGUAUAAAGGUUUGGAAAGUACAUUGUGGAGACAUAUUUGGUGGAAUGCUGGUUAUUUUGGUUUAAUUCAUCAAGUUAGAGGUUUAAUGCCAAAACCAAAAGAUUCAACACAAAAAACUUUGAUUGAUUUAACUUGUGGUACAAUUGGUGGUACAUUUGGUACUAUUUUAAAUACUCCAUUUGAUGUUGUUAAAUCUAGAAUUCAAGCUGGUUCUGCAAGAUAUAAAUGGACUUAUCCUUCAUUAUUAGUUGUUGCAAGAGAAGAAGGUUUUGCUGCUUUAUAUAAAGGUUUCAUACCAAAAGUCUUGAGAUUAGGUCCAGGUGGUGGUAUCUUAUUAGUUGUUUUUACCACAUGUAUGGAUUUCUUCAGAACUAUGAGAGAUGGUAAAGAAUUAAAAGAUAAACCAUUGAAAUAA